AUGCCGACUUCAGUGAAGAAAUCGAACGGGUCACCCAAACCUCCAUCGCCACACACUACUCAGAGUUGGGAGGACGACGAGUAUGCUCAAAUCAUUGAAGGAGUCAAGAAGAUUUACAAGUCAAGGAUUCGCCCAUUGGAGGUGACAUACAACUUUGAAGGAUUUCAUUCCGCACCACUUACCGACUCGGAUAUUGAAGCCAAGCCUAUUGUCCUCUUGAUCGGCCAGUAUUCAACGGGUAAAACGACAUUUAUCCGUUACUUGUUGGACAAGCGAUAUCCUGGUGAACACAUUGGUGUGGAGCCUACCACCGACAAGUUCGUUUCAGUCAUGCAUGGUGCUGAAGAUCGGGUUAUCCCAGGCAAUGCUGCUGCUGUCAAUCAGGAACUUCCUUUUCGUGGUCUUAAUCGUUUUGGUCAAGCAUUUCUUUCUCGUUUUCAGGUUUCUCAAACCCCAUCACCAGUCUUGGAAAACAUGACUAUCGUUGAUACGCCUGGUAUCUUGGCUGGCGAUAAGCAACGCAUUGAACGUGGCUACGACUUUACUCAAGUGAUCGAAUGGUUUUCUCAACGAGCUGAUCUGAUCUUGCUACUGUUUGACUCGCACAAACUUGAUAUCUCCAACGAGUUCAAGAUGGCUAUCCACAGUCUCCGUGGCCAAGAAGAAAAAGUACGGGUUGUACUUAACAAGAGUGAUAUGGUCAGCCAGCAACAAUUGAUGCGUGUAUACGGUGCCAUGAUGUGGUCUUUGGGCAAGGUGGUGCAAACACCUGAAGUAAUGCGCGUUUAUCUUGGUUCAUUCUGGGUCGAGAAGCCUCCCAAUUGUUUUGAGGAUUGCCGUGAACUUAUUGAAGCCGAAUCCAAGGAUUUAUUACGGGACCUUAAGGAACUUCGACGCAAUGCUGCUAUUCGAAAGAUCAAUGAGAUUGUCAAGCGUGCUCGGUUGGCAAGAGUACAUGCUCUUAUUAUCGGCCAUCUGAAGAAGGAGAUGCCAUCCAUGUUUGGUAAAAAGAAGAAACGCAACGCACUUUUGAACAACUUGGACCAAGAGUUUAUGAAGAUCCAACAACGAUAUCAUCUUCCAGCCGGUGAUUUCCCCAACCCAGAAAAGUUCAAACGCAAUCUUGAGCUUUAUGACAUGGAUAAAUUCAAGACGAUCAAGGAAGAUUUGCUUGCCAAAGUGGAUCAGGCUCUUGCUGUGGAUUUACCAAAACUCAUGUCCAUGUUUCCUACUGGUAAUGCCGAGCUUCCUGAGAAUGAACGGAAUCCUUUCGAUGAGAUGCUUGAGCAAGAGAAUACUGGAUAUGGCCAACUACCUUCCAACUUUUGGUCAUUCACUGCUGUUGACAAGAAAGCCUAUGCACCCAUUUUCCAAUCGCUCCAUCCCCGUGAAGGUGUAGUACCGGGAGCAAGCAUUAGGCCAGUAUUGAUGGAAUCCGGUGUACCCAACGAUCAAUUGGCACAAAUUUGGCGAUUAUCUGAUUGGGAUGCUGAUGGAUAUAUGGAUGUGGAUGAAUUCAGUGUUGCUAUGCAUCUUAUUCGAGCGGUCCAAAACGGUGUUGAACUUCCAGAAAAGCUCCCUCAAUCAUUGAUGCCCAACAGAAAAAUCUAA